CAAAUACUUCAAAAUACACCCAUUGGACAUGAAAGAAUUCACUGGAAAAUAAGCGGAAAGACAGAGGGGGAAAUCAGCUGCCAGAGCUCAGAAAGUGUCUGAAGUCCGUCGGAAGAAAACAAGGAUUUAUCUCUGGCGUUCAGAACUCAGAGUGAUAUGGCUGGCGUUCUCCGCAAGCUCGCAGCAUGCAUCCCCUGCGUGUGGAUCUUCCUCAUGCUUUUCGACCCCAGCUUGCAAACCGGGGUUGUAACAGGUCACAGAGAACCCAUUCCCGAUGACAGCAAAGACAACAUCACCAUCUUUACCCGGAUCUUGGACCGCUUGCUGGAUGGUUACGACAACAGAUUGCGUCCCGGACUAGGAGAAAGUGUGACUGAGGUGAGGACAAACAUCUAUGUGACAAGCUUUGGGCCAGUAUCAGACACAGAUAUGGAAUACACGAUUGAUGUGUUCUUCCGGCAAAGUUGGCGGGAUGAGAGGCUGAAGUUUGAUGGGCCUAUGCAGGUUCUUCCACUUAAUAACUUGCUCGCCAGCAAGAUCUGGACUCCGGAUACUUUCUUCCACAAUGGCAAGAAGUCAGUAGCCCACAAUAUGACUACACCCAAUAAACUCCUGCGGCUGGUAGACAACGGAACUCUUCUCUACACAAUGAGAUUAACCAUCCAUGCUGAGUGUCCUAUGCAUCUGGAGGAUUUUCCUAUGGAUGCCCAUGCCUGCCCGCUGAAGUUCGGAAGCUAUGCCUACACCAACAAUGAGGUUGUCUACAUCUGGACAGCAGAUGAUGAGAAAUCUGUUUCUGUGGCUCCUGAUGGCUCUAGACUCAACCAGUAUGACCUGUUGGGCCAUGUCAUUGGCAAAGAGACCAUCAGCUCCAGUACAGGAGAAUAUGUUGUGAUGACAACGUAUUUCCAUUUGAAAAGGAAAAUUGGCUAUUUCGUGAUCCAGACGUAUCUCCCCUGCAUAAUGACCGUCAUUCUGUCUCAGGUCUCCUUCUGGUUGAACCGGGAGUCCGUUCCAGCACGUACCGUCUUCGGUGUCACAACUGUCCUGACCAUGACGACACUGAGCAUAAGCGCCCGGAACUCACUUCCCAAGGUGGCCUAUGCAACAGCUAUGGACUGGUUUAUGGCAGUGUGCUAUGCUUUUGUCUUCUCUGCUCUCAUUGAGUUUGCCACUGUCAACUACUUCACAAAGCGCAGCUGGGCCUGGGAUGGUCAGAAGGAGGCCCAGGAGAUGCGGAGGCGAGAGUCGGCUUCCUUCUCCAAGAAGACCAACAACACUUUCAACAUCGUGGGAACCACCUACAGCAUGAGCGUAGCCAAAGAUCCCGGACUGACAACCGUCUCCAAGAGUGCCACAUCCACGUCCACCCCAUCCCAGCCGGUCCGAGAGAUCCGGCUGCCCAAAAUGGAUGGGGAAUACGUGCCGGAGGGUGGAAGAAAGUCAUACAAUCGUGUCAGCAAAGUGGACAAGAUCUCUCGUAUCAUCUUUCCAGUGCUCUUCUUCAUCUUCAACCUGGCUUACUGGGCCACUUACGUCAACAGAAAGCCGACCAUCAACCGGUCCAGCCCACAGAAAUGAAUAUGGAAACCAGAAACAAAUAAAUAAACUGCCAGUCCAGUCUUAAUCAGUAACAUGAUGCUACUGCUACUGUGUUCAUUUUCAUUUUUUAAGCAACCAUGUAGAUUUUUUUUUUGUUUUUGUUUUUUUUGUAUGUGCCAUUUCAUGUGUUGCAUGAGUAAAGUAUGACAGUAUUGCUGGUCUUGUACAGAUGGCCAUUAUUUACCCACUAAACCCCUCCCCCACUCCUCACACUGUGUAUCAUCAGAAGAAAAACAUCAGUCACCAUUGGCUUUCAGUCGCCAUCGGCGAGAACCUGUAGCCUUUCAGCAGCCAUUAGCGAUGUCCGUAGGCGCAUCAUUACUACCUGUCUGUUCUUUGACUCUUUGCAAACCCAGAGUAUUAUAUCAGUAGUGUCAUCUAGAUAUGUGUUUACAUCCCCAUGGGUCUAUCAGUGCAUUUUUCGUCCAGUGAUUCUUAUUGUUUAAACAGCCUGAGCAGGCUCCAAGAUAAAGAAACUGUGUGCCUUUUUAAUCACUCGCCGUAGAGAUGAAUAGUUUGGCACAUGCUGACAUUGUCUUCAAGCUUACGCCUGCCUAAAGAAAACGUCAGUGUUGAUUGAACUCUCACAGGAUGGUAUUAAACUCAGAGCUGUCCUGCAUGUGAGUUGAUUUAGUGCUGACGGCUGACUGUAAGGCACUGGGCCAGACAACGGUUCUUUGUUUGAGGCCAGUAUGAGCAGUGUGCAUCAGACCCUCAUCUGAGGAUCUGAAAUGCUAUGAAACAUUUCAGCUGUGAAGAAUAUAAAGACUGGAUUUUAGAUUUGGGCCAGUGCCACACAGGAGGAACAUGCAUUUCCAUAACCUCACGCUGAAGUGUUGGUGGUUUUGGUAGAUCAUUACA